AUGGAGGGGCUCAUCCCGCUCGUCAACCGGCUGCAGGACGCCUUCGCGGCGCUGGGCCAGAGCUGCCUGCUCGACCUGCCGCAGAUCGCCGUGGUGGGCGGGCAGAGCGCCGGCAAGAGCUCGGUGCUGGAGAACUGCGUGUCCAGGGAUUUUCUUCCUCGAGGUUCUGGAAUUGUAACAAGACGACCAUUGGUCUUGCAACUUAUCACUGCCAAAACAGAAUAUGCUGAAUUUCUACACUGCAAAGGGAGGAAGUUUACUGAUUUUGAUGAAGUUCGUCAGGAAAUUGAAGUAGAAACAGAUAGAAUAACAGGAGUGAACAAAGGCAUUUCUUCAAUUCCUAUUAAUUUAAGAAUAUAUUCUCCACACGUAUUAAGCCUGACUCUUAUUGACUUGCCGGGAAUCACAAAAGUGCCAGUAGGGGAUCAGCCUCCAGAUAUUGAGCUACAGAUCAGAGACAUGAUAAUGCAGUUCAUCGCUCGAGAAAACUGUCUGAUACUGGCUGUGACUCCAGCCAACACUGAUCUGGCCAACUCAGAUGCCCUGAAGUUGGCUAAGGAAGUGGACCCUCAGGGCCUUAGGACUAUUGGUGUGAUCACAAAAUUGGAUCUGAUGGAUGAAGGAACAGACGCAAGAGAAAUUUUAGAAAAUAAGCUACUCCCUCUUCGUAGAGGUUAUAUUGGUGUCGUGAACAGAAGCCAGAAGGACAUUGAUGGGAAGAAGGACAUAAAGGCAGCUCUCCUAGCAGAAAGAAAAUUCUUUCUUUCCCAUCCAGCAUACAGGCACAUGGCAGAUCGGAUGGGAACACCAUAUCUCCAAAAAGUUCUAAACCAGCAACUUACCAAUCAUAUUCGGGAUACCCUGCCAGCCUUCAGGAGCAAACUCCAGAGCCAACUGCUUUCUAUAGAACAUGAAGUAGAGGUAUACAAAAACUUCAGACCAGAAGAUCCAACUAGAAAAACGAAAGCCCUGUUGCAGAUGGUACAACAGUUUUCAGUGGACUUCGAAAAAAGAAUCGAAGGAUCAGGAGAUCAGGUCGAUACACUAGAACUUUCAGGAGGUGCCAAAAUUAAUCGUAUUUUCCAUGAACGUUUCCCUUUUGAACUAGUGAAGAUGGAGUUCAAUGAGAGAGAACUGCGGAGAGAAAUAAGUUAUGCCAUCAAGAACAUACAUGGUAUCAGAACAGGUUUGUUUACUCCAGAUAUGGCAUUUGAAGCUAUUGUUAAAAAACAGAUUGUCAAGCUGAAAGGACCUUGCUUAAAAAGCGUGGAUCUGGUGAUGCAAGAGUUAAUCAACACGGUCAAGAAAUGCACUAAAAAGCUGGCAACAUAUCCAAGACUGUGUGAGGAAACGGAAAGAAUUGUUGCUGGCUAUAUUCGUGAAAGAGAAGAGAAGACGAAGGAUCAGGUGCUGCUGCUGAUUGAUAUCCAGGUUUCUUACAUCAACACCAACCAUGAAGACUUCAUUGGCUUCGCGAAUGCCCAACAAAGAAGCAGUCAGGUUAACAAAAGUGCAGUGGGAAAUCAGGGAACCAAUCUACCGCCUUCAAGGCAAAUUGUCAUCCGGAAAGGCUGGCUGACCAUCAACAAUAUCGGCAUCAUGAAAGGAGGAUCCAAGGAAUAUUGGUUCGUCCUAACUGCAGAAAGCCUGUCCUGGUAUAAAGAUGAUGAGGAAAAAGAGAAGAAGUAUAUGCUUCCUCUGGACAACUUGAAAGUGCGUGAUGUUGAAAAGAGCUUCAUGUCUAGCAAACAUAUCUUCGCAUUGUUUAACACAGAGCAGAGGAAUGUUUACAAGGAUUACCGUUUCCUUGAACUAGCCUGUGACUCCCAAGAGGAGGUGGAUAGCUGGAAGGCAUCUCUGCUACGAGCCGGUGUCUAUCCUGAUAAAUCCUCAGGGAACAACAGAACUGAAAAUGAUGAGAAUGGCCAAGCGGACAAUUUUUCAAUGGAUCCCCAGUUGGAGAGACAGGUGGAAACGAUUCGAAAUCUGGUGGACUCCUACAUGUCUAUUAUCAACAAAUGCAUCCGCGAUUUGAUACCGAAAACAAUCAUGCACCUUAUGAUCAACAAUGUAAAAGAAUUUAUCAACGCAGAGCUCCUGGCUCACUUGUAUUCUUCUGAGGACCAAAACACUCUAAUGGAAGAGUCAGCUGAACUGGCGCAGAGGCGAGAUGAAAUGCUUCGUAUGUACCAAGCUCUAAAGGAAGCCCUAGCAAUCAUUGGUGAUAUCAGCACUAGCACCGUGUCAACCCCUGCACCACCUCCUGUAGAUGAUUCUUGGCUCCAGCAGGCCCGCAGAUCACCUCCUCCAAGUCCCUCAACUCAGAGGAGGCCUACAUUAAAUAAUCCCCCAACCAGACCUUUAUCUGGCCGAGGACCAGCUCCUGCAAUCCCAUCUCCAGGCCCUCAGUCGGGGGCUCCCCCGGUCCCAUUCCGCCCAGGACCAUUGCCACCAUUUCCAAGUGGUGGCGAAGCCCAUGGAGGACCUCCCCAGGUUCCCUCUCGGCCAACACGGGCUCCUCCCAGUGUCCCAAGGCGAGCUGAUACCGAUGGCUCCUCCCGUCCAGACAGUCCUCCACUCUUGCUUGAUAUAUGAUUUGUCCCAUCUUGCCGGCCGUUUGCUUUACUUCCUGUCUCUUUACUUUUCCAGGAUGGUGUAAACAAUGACUUCUUUUUGUAAGAAGCAAGCGCUUAAUUUCUUUCCCAAUUUUGCUCUGUAUGUUAAUGCCCUGUUUCACAUGAGCCAAAACAUCUGCCUUUGGUUUUGUAGUCUGUAAAUGGUUCCUGGUGUUGACCUUUGAGCACAGUGAGUCGAUUCCCGAAACCAUGGUCAUUACUGAGCAUCGCAUACACCUGCUGUAAACAUGUUAUGCUGCAUUUCUGAACCUGAAAUAAACUGUAACUCCUGCUGGGCUUUUAUUAUUACUUUCUGGAUGCGCAUGAGUGGGCUCCAGUCUUGCACCGUAAUCUCAGCCUGCUCUUCACCUCGGUUGGGUCUGCAGCGAGGAUUUACCGGAGAGGUGUGUUGCAGUUCAGAUCACUCCAAGUGUUAGGGAAAGGGGAGACGAGAGAGAAGUAGCCUACGGGAAGCAUUCAGCCUUCUGCCCUGCUAGGGGCUUGGAUGCUUCGGAGGUGUUUUGCUGAGUGAAUAUUUUUCAAGCAGAACCUGGUAUUGCUUUCAUUGCUGGGAGAAGCAUAUUUGAGGGGAGCCUGAGAGCUGAGCACAGGGCCAGGCUGAGUCCUCAGGAGUGAAGUAAAACUGUGCCUGUGUACGUGUUCUGCUUGGAAGGGAUUUCCCCUAAAGCAGUUGUGUAUGAACACGCAGCUGCCUCAGAAUGCCUUGAUUACUCAGUUCCUCCUUCAGAUUGGUACGAGCCAAGUAAUUGGAAUGGGUGCUCGGAGGAGCUGGUCUGCACGGCAUGAGUACAGCACAGCAGCAGGGGGCAUUUCCCAACAAGCAGCAGGCACUGUGCUGGUCCUUAGGUUUGAGGAAAAUGGGAACAAAAGGUGGAACAAGCAAACGUCCCCAUUUGUGUUCACAGCAAGUUUGCUGUAACACUUGGGGACAUUUUUUUUUUUAAUAGCCUUUAAUGGAUGUCCCCGAGGCAGUCUGCGCAGUCUCCCUCAGCAAACAGCAGCAUGACACACACAUGUCCAUCUGCCUGGAGUACGUUACCUGUCCCUCUGAGAGUUGUUUCCAGGAGUGCUGGCCAGCAGCGCACCAGUGCUGUGUGCUGAAUAACGGGGUCAGCAGCCGCGCUUCUCCAGCCGGGGCACCAAGCCAUCCACUGCCAAGGGUCUCUCCUGCAGGUUUUGGCAGUACAUUCAUUACGCUGCUGUCACCCAAGCUUUUAGCCUUCCCCAGCAAGGUUCCCUUCAGAUACCCCAGUCCAGCUCAUAGACACAUCUUGUUUGCUCGCUCCUGAUUUCAUCAGUCUCAUUUGAAAAAGCUCUAUUCCAAGAGCAGCGUUUGCAGCAGGUAGUGGUGUAGAUUUUAAGGCUGGCUAGACAAAAGCUCUUCUAGGAGGAUAUUAUUUCCUGCAAGAAAAGGAGAAAGCCUCUGAGCAGCAACCUUCACACUUAUGAUGGGGUUGUCCUAGCUCUCUGGUGCCAGUGUGUCAGGUGGGAAAUGGUGAGGACGAAAGCAGAGGCUGUGCUGAUAGCCAGCUGAUUCUAAUCUCCUUCUUGCUCUUUUCCUCACUGUGCAUGUUCUGUGCCUUUUUUUCUUAACCCAUUUUGUUAAGAUAAAUUUGUAUACGAGUCAUUCUCUUGUAUCUCGACCUUCUGUUUUAAAUCUCCCCCUCCCCUUGAAUUUUGGGUUAUUUUUUGUCUUU